UUCAUCUGUAACAUCAAGAUCAAGAUCUACCGCGAAACUACGAGUACGAACUACCACUGACGGGGCUCUAGAGGCUGUGGGCCCACAGCCUAACUAGCCCCAUAAAACACCCACGAAGAAGAAGAACUGUCAUUCUUUGCUCUGUUUACAUCAACAUGUCUGUUUUUUCCCAGGAAGAGAGAGAGAGGGGUGGUGAUUACUUCAGGGCAAAAACUGAGAACGCCAAGAACAUUUUACUAAUUCUCAAAACCAUGAAUUUCCGAGACCAAGCUAAUGUUGUUAUUUCUCCAAGCGGGAUCAAAGUGACAGUUGAAAAUGCCAAGUGUGCCCAAGCUAAUGCCUUUAUAGAAGCAGACAUGUUUCAGGAGUAUGAAAUAGAAGAGGAAAUGGUAACGUUCAAGCUGAACCUGACAUCAUGGGUAGAGUGCCUCAACAUAUUUGGUGGAGGCACCUCAGGGGCAACCACUCCUUCCCUGAAGAUGAUGUAUGGGGGCCAUGGUUACCCUCUAGUAUUGGAGUUAGAAGAAGAUGGGGUAGUUACUGACUGUAAGAUUAAUACUGAGGAACCAGAAGACACUCUUGACUUUGAUUUCUUCAGUACAGGUGUGAUGAACAAGAUCAUCAUGCGGUCAGAAUGCCUAAGAGAAGUAUUCACUGACCUGGAUGUGACGAGUGAGAUGCUGGAGAUCCUUAUGUCCCCUGAUGCCCCUUACUUCAGAGUAUCUACAUUUGGAAUUUAUGGAACUAGUCAGGUAAGGAGACCUUCUAUAAUUCUGUAAUUGCAAGAAAGCCGU